AAAGAAAUUUAAAAAAGUAUUUUAUCCAGUGUACCGAAGAGGGCGCCAGAGUAUACGCGUUCACUGUCCACGACCGUCGAACAAGAACUCCCAUCGCGAGAUUUGCGACCCGUGUUUGAACUUUGGUGCUCAAUCAGUAUAGGGAGUGUUAUGCUAACUUUGAAUUUCUAAAACACCUGUUGAUUAAAUUCUGGUGGGGGACAAUUAUGUCGAACAAGCAUGGUAUCAGUAUAGCAACACACAGUAUUAUGGAGCGGUGCCAUAGUGCUGCCUGCUAAAGGCUUUUUCGCUUUCACUUGAGGACCAUGUUGAUUUGUUGACAACAUUCACUCCCACCCAGCAAGGAUGGAGCUGGCCAGGACAGGGAAGGCGAAGAGGAUCCACCUGAACGCAGAAGACUGCAAUGAGCUGGGCCGAGGCCCAGACGGCACCAGUGUCCUUAGCCAGACCAGGCCUCUUCCCAGCACCCCGAACAGGCGGCCGCACCCGAGGACGCCCACCAAGAAACGAAAGCUUGAGAGUCCCUCCAAGCAGCAGAGGAGCAUGAAUGACUUCUACCAGGUGAGCGGCGUGGUCAGUUCCAGCCCCCAGAAGGGGUCCCAGCAGCCCAGCUCCUCCCGGCACACGACGGGACGCGACGGAGGGGGUACCACCCCACCUCCACCAGCGGGUGGAGACCCCGGGGACGACGACGACGACGACGACGACGACGACGACGUUAGCCUACUGGCCGCUCUGGCUCAGGAACAUCCUGAGACGGAGAAGGGGGAAGGGGAGGAGGUAGACCACCUGGAGGGAAUCACGUCGGAGAUGUUCGACGACACUUUGUUCGAAUGCGCCGCCGCCAGAGACCGGACCAAUCAGAAAGCAGGGGGGCGGGAUCUAGGGGAGGAGGAGGAGGAGGAGGACGAGGGGGUGGAGCCGCUUCCCGACGCCCACUACGGGCUCCUGGGCAGCAGCAACAGGGGCCUCCAGGAGCCGCGGGGUCGCAUGGAGGACCUCCCCGAGGAGGUGGUCCGACUGAUCCUGCUGCUGCUGCCCGCCCAGGACCUGUACCGCCGCGUCGUGCUCGUCUGCCACGCCUGGAGGACCAUCGUCCAGGACCCCAAGUUCGUCCCGUACAAGAAGGAGUACUACCGCUACAUGAUGGGGGAGAAGGACACGGUGGCCAAGAUGAAGUCCAUCCUGGAGGACGGGGGCGUUCUGGACCCCAGCCUGCCACAGGAGAGCGUCCGACGGCUUGUCUUGUUGAUGUCCCAGCAUGCAUCUGGUGAGCGGCUGAGGCCGGAGGACCUCAUGCGGUGCGUUGGGGGGCACCGCCUCUUCCCCGUGGCCCAGUCCUGCCUCGCCCGCCGCUUCCCCGACCUCAAGCAGCAGGACCCCCACCCCUACGCGGUCAUGGCCCUCGUGCUGGUGCUGAGCGAGGCGGUGGCGGACGUCCAGGCCCUGGUGGACCUGCUGCUCGCCGCCAUGUCCCGCGGCGCCGUGGUGGAGUUCCUGAGCCACGCCGCCGCCCUCCUGCUGGCCGCCGCCAACAACGAGGUGAAGGUCAGCAGCAGGAUCCACUACAACAUCUUCUACGUCCUCUACCUGAUGCACAGCUCCUCCACCUCAAUCACCACAGGGCCCAACGGUGAGUGCUACCAGCUGACCCAUGAACAACAACAGAUUCUGAGCCACCGGAUCCAACCCGACCAGGUGGUCAAGAUCACGGCCUUUGCUGGCACGGGGAAGACGUCCACGCUGGUGCGCUACGCGCAGCAGAACCCCCGGCUCCGCUGCCUCUACGUGGCGUUCAACAAGUCGGUGGCCACCGAGGCCCAGCGCCGUUUCCCCGGCAACGUGGACUGCAGGACGGUCCACUCCAUCGCCUACAGCGACGUCGGCAAGAGCUACCAACUGAGCAAGAAGCUGGUGCCCAACCUGAAGGUGUUCUCCGUGGCCAAGGUGCUCCCGGCCGGCCGGGGCGGCUUCAUCCACGGCAAGGUGGUCACCACCGCCCUCAACGCCUUCAUGGCCUCCGCCGACCGCCGCAUCGCCCCGCACCACGUGCCAAACACCUUCAAGAACACCAAGGGCCUCCCCCAGACCCUGGACGCCCAGGAAAAGGCGGAGUAUGUCCGGGACUGUGAGGAGAUCUGGAGGAAGAUGAAAGACCUCAACGAGAAGAGCAAGGAGGGCUUCCACAUGACCCACGAUGGUUACCUGAAGCUGUGGCAGCUCAAAGAGCCGAAGCCGUGCCUGUCGGACCGCUACGACGUCAUCUUCAUCGACGAGGCGCAGGACUGCACACCCGCCAUCAUGGACGUGCUUCUGUCCCAGCGCUGUGCCAAGGUCCUGGUGGGGGACCCCCACCAGCAGAUCUACACCUUCAGGGGGGCCGUCAACGCCCUGCGCACCGCCCCCCACACACACCUCUUCUACCUCACCCAGAGCUUCCGCUUCGGAGCGGAGAUCGCCUUCGUGGGGGCGACACUUCUGCAGGUCUGCAAGAAGGUCCAGAAGAUCCUGGUGGGAGGAAACCAGACGGCAAUACAUAUCAACAAGACCAAUGAGACCACAGGAACCAUAAUACAAGCUGUUGGAUCAAAACAAGGCAGCGUUUUCGGGGAGGACUUUGACCCCGUGGCGUUGGUGCCACUCAGCACUAGCCCAGCCCCCCGCGGCGGCGCGGCCAUCUUGUCCCGCUGUAACUUCGGCGUGUUCAACGAGGCGGUGCGACUCACCGACCGCAACCCUGCCUGCACGCUCUACUUUGUUGGCGGCGUGUCCGGGAUCGGGCUGAGCAAGAUCCUGGACAUCUGGACGCUGAAACAGCCGGAGCACAGCCGCGCAGCCAACAUCAACGACCCCUUCAUCCGGUCGUUCGGCAGCUACCACGGCCUGCAGGCGUACGCGCUGCAGUCGGAGGAUGGCGAGCUGGAGGCCAAGCUGGCCGUGGUCGAGAAGCACUCCCAACGCGUCCCUGAGCUGGUGGGCCGCCUACGGGCCUGUCACCGCGACGACGCCAGUCAGGCCGACUUCAUCUUGAGCACGGUCCACAAGGCGAAGGGUCUGGAGUUCAACACGGUGAUGGUGUGCGACGACUUCGCCCGGAUCCCCUGCUCACGACACCACCUGACCCAGUUGUCGGGCUUCAACUGGUGGGACACCCCCCCAGAUGAGUGGAACCUGCUGUACGUGGCGGUGACGCGGGCCAGGAGCACACUGAUCCUGACCCGGAACAUCCGGAACAUUCUUACCCAGGCCGGGGAGUACUUCCUAAGGCCGCAGCUGCCCGGCCCCGCCCUGCCAGACGGCCUCCCCCCCUGCUGCUCCGUGGCCCAGUGUCUGCAUCGCGUCUCCGCCGACGCCGCCUUCACCAUGAGCAAGCGCCCCAUGAGAUUUAUGGACGGGUUGUCCCCUGGGGGCCCUCUGUGUGAGCGGUGUGUUUGGAAGCGCGUGGGCCCCGUAGCGUUCCUCAUGUCAGACGAGGCCCUGCCGGCCCCCGCCAACCCGGAACGCCAGGACCUGCCCAUCAACAUGAUGCUGCUGCUCUUCUAACACACACACAUAGCCAAUCACAACACACACACAGCCACUCACAACGCACACAUAGCCAAUCACAACGCACACAAACACACGAGCCACUCACAACACACACACACGCACUGUCACGACAUGCGCGUUUGUUUAUUUGCAAUCAGCGGAUUCCUUCCGCCGACCAUAAUUAGGUCAUUUUUUAUGUAUGGGGUGUGGAUACAGGUGAACUGUUGGAAGAACGUGUGUGUGUGUGUGUGUGUGUGUUCUACCUACGCCCUAGAGACUGUUACCGUACCAAAUUACAAUAAUGUUUACAGAUGUGUUCAAACUCUUUUAUUGAGUUCAUCUUGUAAAUAUCGCCCCCAUUGUGCGCCUCAUACAAGAUUCAUUGACCCAUAUAAAAAAUAAAUCAUUAAAAACGAUUAUAAAAACAACUCCCUGACUCUGAAUAGACUCCAAAUGACUGAUGUUUUCGCCCACUGAGUAUCCAAUGACCUGUCCUCAAUGGCGUUCAACUUAACUUUGCAUGUGAAUUAAGGACAUUUCCCAUUGGCUGGACGCCAUUAAAGCACAAAACAAUAAAUCCAUGGCCUUGCAGGCUUGGGGGCAAUGCCUUGUCCUCUCCCGGGAUCAGAGUCCAUCGCUACAGUUCACAUUUCACCACAGCUGCCGUGUCUCACUUC